AUGUGUUUUCACAGGGAAAUCGUUCAGCCAUUGGUCCAGAGUUUCCUGAAUUCAGGUAUCAAGGGCCUCGACGAAUGGGAAUCUCCACCGUAUCGGCGUUAUACCAAAGAGGCUGGUCCCACCUCUGAUAAGGAGACGCCUUACCCAGCCCCUGACGAGCAAAUACGCCGCUUGUAUAUGGCAUUUUAUCGCUACGAGUACGCAUGCAGAAUAUUCCCCCAGUAUAUCUCCAAUAAGAGCGGCCCUAUGGGUGACUGUCACGUUACAGCCAUGAGAGCCAUGAUUCUCGAGUUCCUUAGGGCGUUUACACUGGAGGAGAAGCGAGAUCUUAAGAAAGUCACUGACUGGGUGACGAAUUUAUAUCGCGAACUUAUGAAAAAAGCAAGGAAAGCACACGAAGAAGACUCGAACCCGGAAAAGGGUGCAGCAGUGUUCGUAAGAGACAAUUAUCUUGAACUCGAUCUCAUCAUGCGUGGUCUCGCUUAUUUGAACGGCUGCCUUCCCCAAGAGAAAUUCGACAUGAAAAAGAUGAGAGAGAUUCAAUGCCACUAUGAUAAACUUGCGGACUCUUGGGGGUCUAGCUACCUGACUUUCCUGGAGGACGCCUAUGAUUUCGCAUCUGAUUUCACAGAAUGGAGACCCAUGACUUCGGAACAGCCUUAUUGA